AUGGCUUCUUACAGCAACCAGAUGUUUGGUUUCUUCCCGCAGUACAUAUUCGGGGAAUUCAGCCCUGACGAGAUAAAUCAAUUUUUUGUGACGCCUCGAUGUUACGUUGAGCUUCCUCCAUUCAACGACAAAGUCCCAUGUGUGAGUCAGUCUUCUGGAAGUUACUGCACUCCUGCUGUGCCUUUUAUAAUGGAGUCUAUGGGACUGCAGGUUUGCGCAGAAGACUAUCAGCGCAUUGAGUUUGGUGUUGAUGAGGUGAUGGAUUCCAAGCCUGUCGGGGUCAAUGAUCCUUUAUAUAAGGUGUCUAGCACCCUUAACCCACAGGCUCCAGAGUUCAUCUUGGGCUGCCAGCCAUCCCAGAAGGCGCUACAGACGGCUCCUCCAGCGGCUGAUGUUCCAGAUGGAGACCAUUUCAACUCUCUGGAUGGGGCAGACUCUGAGGCCUCUGCCCUGGACAAUCACCAGGCAUGCCAGGACAUGGAUGGUCUCCCUGGCAGCUUGGGUCAGAGGGAGAGAAAGAAAAAGAAAAAGCGACCGCCCGGAUACUACAGCUACCUGGAUCCCAACAGCGGCAGCACUGGUGCAGCAGACGGAGGGCCUGUGACACCACUGGUGAACGGACAUGCUCUCGGAGGCCCACAUCACAGUGCUGAGGAUGUGGACAGUAAGGCAUUGUCAGGGGCUGAACUUUCCACCCCUGGCCCUGUCUCCACAGCAACAACAGCUGCUGUGUUUGCCCCCACACCCACUGCAAAUCAGAGGACUUGUGACAGCCCUGAUGACUCUUCUUUGGACUUAACAAGUGGAGCCGCCUCUUUAUCAGAUGGCAUCAAUGCAACUUCCUCCUCUUCAUCUUCGUCUCAAAGCAGAGGGAUGACAGAGGGACCAAGGACUGCAGAUCAGCAGCCGGACAAUUUGUCUCCACAGAGCCCUGAACUCUCAGAUACCCCACACAGUCCUAGCUCCAAAUCACCGCUUCCUCCUUCAGCCUCUGAGGCCACCCCUUCUGUUCUCACUUCAUUAACGACUACUGAGCUGGAGCGAAGGGAGGCUGCAGACAGUGGGGUGGCCAACGGGCUAGAGGAGCCUAGCACUCCUGUCAGUGCAGAUGGACACAAAGAUGACUGUGAGAGUGGGGAGCAGGCUCAGCCCCACGCCCCAGACUCUGCUGCUCAGCCCGUGGCGACGGAGCAGGCUCACUCGCCUGCAAACUCAGCUGCGCCCACUGCCAAUCUUCCUAAAUCCUGGGCUAGCCUCUUUCAUAACUCCAAGCCUCUGCCUGGGGGCCCUCAGGCCUUUGUUGAGGUGAAGAAUGUCAUGGAAGCCGUAUCUCCCUCCCCUGCUACGCCAGAGCAGCCUGAAAAAGUUGUGGAGGUAAAAGAAGGUCCUGUGCACGUAUCAGAGGAUCCCAUGGCCCCGAAACUUGCAGAACUUAUUGAGAAUGUGAAGUUGAUACAUAAACCAGUGUCUUUGCAGCCGAGAGGGCUGAUCAACAAAGGGAACUGGUGCUAUAUCAACGCUACCCUACAGGCUUUGAUCGCAUGUCCACCCAUGUAUCACCUGAUGAAGUCCAUUCCUCUGCAUAAUGAAGCACAGAGACCAUGUACCUCCACACCCAUGAUAGACAACUUUGUAAGGCUGGUUAACGAGUUCAGCAAUAUGCCCGUGCCAUCCAAAACCAAACAGCAAGCUGUUGGCGAUAAGGUCGUAAAAGACAUCCGGACAGGUCCACCCUUUGAGCCAACUUACAUUUAUCGACUUCUCACUCUCAUCAAGUCCAGUCUGUCUGAGAAGGGUCGACAAGAGGAUGCAGAGGAGUAUCUGGGGUUCACGCUCAACGGUUUGCACGAGGAGAUGCUGGCUUUGAAAAAGCUCAUCUCGCCUCUGGAAGAGAAAGAGAAGGUCUCCACGCCCAACGGCCCCGAGUCCCAGCCAGGUGUGGAGGAGGAUGCUGCUGAUAAGGAAGAAGAAGGAAGUGAUGAUGAGUGGGAACAAGUGGGGCCCCGUAACAAGACUUCCAUCACUCGCCAAGCGGACUUUGUGCGCACACCCAUCACGGACAUUUUUGGUGGACACAUCAGAUCUGUGGUAUACCAACAAAACUCUAAAGAGUCGGCCACUCUGCAGCCUUUCUUCACGCUUCAGCUGGACAUCCAGUCGGACAAGAUCCGCACAGUCCAGGACGCUUUGGAGACCCUGGUGGCCCGCGAGUCCAUUGAAAUAAGUCGGAGGGUAACCCUGGAGGAGCUGCCACCUGUGCUGGUGCUCCAUCUCAAGAGAUUUGUAUUUGAAAAGACUGGAGGAUGCCAGAAACUGACAAAGAACAUUGAUUACCCUGUCGACCUGGAAAUCAGCAAAGAUCUCUUGUCCGCUGGAGUACGAAGCAAAGUUGUGAAAGGCCAAAGAACUUACAGGCUCUUUGCAGUGGUCUAUCAUCACGGGAACAGCGCGACCGGCGGUCACUACACCACUGAUGUCUUCCACAUUGGUCUUAACGGCUGGCUGCGUAUCGACGACCAGGCAGUGAAGGUCAUCAACCAGUACCAGGUGGUGAAGCAGACCACCGAGCGCACCGCCUACCUGCUGUACUACCGCCGCGUCGACCUGCUGUAG